GAACUUCGGAGGGAGCCUAGUGACGACAGAUGCUCAGGUACCAUGGACUCCCCCAGUGGGCCAAGCUUCUCUUCUGGGCUGCUCUCAGGGGGUGCGUCUCCUAGUGGUGAUGAAGGAUUCUUCCCCUUCGUGCUGGAGCGCCGAGACUCCUUCCUGGGAGGGGGCCCAGGGCCAGAGGAACCAGAGGACCUGGCCCUACAGCUGCAACAGAAAGAGAAGGACCUGCUGUUGGCCGCCGAACUCGGCAAGAUGCUUCUGGAACGCAAUGAGGAGCUUCGGAGGCAGCUAGAAACGAUGAACACUCAGCACUUGGAGCGUGAAGAAAGGCUGCAGCAGGAGAAUCAUGAGCUCCGCCGUGGACUGGCAGCCCGCGGUGCCGAGUGGGAGGCCAGAGCUGUGGAGCUGGAGGGAGACGUGGAAGCCCUGCGGGCCCAGCUUGGGGAACAGCGGUCAGAGCAGCAGGACAGUGGCCGAGAACGGGCAAGGGCCCUCAGUGAACUCAGCGAGCAAAACCUCAGACUCAGCCAGCAGCUGGCCCAGGCCUCCAGGACGGAGCAGGAACUGCAGCGGGAGCUGGACACCCUUCGCGGACAGUGUCAGACUCAAGCCCUGGCAGGGGCAGAGCUGAGAACUCGGCUGGAGAGUCUGCAGGCGGAGAACCAGAUGCUGCAGGAUCGCAGGCAGGACCUGGAGACCCAGAUCCGAGGCCUUCGUGAAGAAGUGGACAAAGGCCAAAGCAGACUACAGACCACCCACGAGGAGCUGCUGCUGCUUCGACGAGAGAGGAAAGAGCACAAACUAGAGCUGGAACGCGCUCGCUUCGAGGCUGGCGAGGCGCUGAGCACACUGCGGAGGUUGCAGCGGCGGGUCUCAGAGCUGGAGGAGGAGUCGCGACUCCAGGAAGCCGAAGUGUCGGGUGCCUCCCUGCAGACCGAGCUUGCCCACAGUCUUGACAGCGACCAAGACCAAGACCAGCAUGUCAAUGAGUGUGAAGGAGCCCAAACUAUCUUGUCCCCGGAGAUACAAGAGGCAUCCAGUCCCCAGCCUUCAAUCCAGGAAGAGAGCUUGGAACCCCCCAAGAAAAGAGCAUCCCUGAGUCCAGUGGAGAUUCUGGAGCAGAAGGAGGCAGAAGUGGCCAGGCUGCAGGAUGAGAUCGUCCUGCACCGCACAGAGCUACAGACCCUACGUGAUGAGCUGCAGCGCCAGAAGGAGCUGAGGGCGCAGGACAAUCCCGAGGAAGCCCUGAGCUGUGCGCUCGCUGACCGGGACGAAGCAGUGAACAAGGCCCUAAAGCUGUCCCUGGAGCUCAAUCGUGUCUCGCUAGAGCGGGACUCUUUGUCCCGGGAACUGCUGCGAGCCAUUCGCCAGAAGGUGGCGCUGACGCAGGAGCUUGAGGCUUGGCAGGACGACAUGCAGGUGGUGAUUGGACAGCAGGUGCGCACCCAGCGCCAGAAGGAGCUCAGUGAGGCUGCCGCAGCUCGAAGACGCACGAAGACGGGCUUUUCAUUGCGCCUGGGAUCAGGGCAGAAUGGAGGCUUUCUAAGCAACCUCUUCCGAAGGACCUGA